UGUGAUUCUGUGAAUGUUUGACCGCUUUCCAUUGUCAUCGCGAGGCCAAUAUCACCUGCCCAUUUCCAAACACUAGACGACAUUACUCAGGUGAGCAACAGAUACAAUGGUGAAUAUCACAGAGAAAAUCAAGGAGAUUGAGGAUGAGAUGCGGAGGACGCAAAAAAACAAGGCCACCGAAUACCAUCUAGGUCUACUCAAAGGGAAACUUGCCCGUCUCCGGGCGCAGCUUCUUGAACCCGGUCCAGGCGCUGGUGGCGGUGGCGGUACUGGCUUCGACGUCAGCAAAAGCGGCGAUGCUCGUAUCGCACUCGUUGGUUUCCCAUCUGUGGGAAAGUCAACUUUCCUGUCAAAGAUCACCAAAACGAAGAGUGAAGUCGCGGCGUAUUCCUUCACAACGCUGACGGCGAUUCCCGGCGUGCUUGAGUAUGGUGGUGCAGAGAUCCAGGUGCUCGAUUUACCAGGUAUCAUUGAGGGGGCAGCGGAGGGCAAAGGUCGUGGGCGACAGGUCAUUUCGGCGGCGAAGACAAGCGAUCUGAUCGUUAUGGUCCUCGAUGCGACGAAACGUGCUGAGCAACGUGCGCUGCUUGAAGCCGAAUUGGAAGCCGUGGGCAUACGACUUAACCGAGAGCCUCCGAAUAUCUAUCUCAAGCCCAAAAAAGCCGGUGGCAUGAAAAUCACCUUCCAAGCUCCGCCCAAAUAUAUCGACGAAAAGCUCGUCUACAACAUCCUCCGAGACUACAAGAUGCUAAACGCUGAAGUCCUCGUGCGCGACGAAAACGCGACUGUCGAUGAUUUCAUCGACGUCAUAAUGAAGGACCACCGCAAGUACAUAAAAUGCCUCUAUGUCUACAAUAAAAUCGAUUCUGUAUCUCUCGACUUCCUCGACAAGCUCGCACGGGAACCCAAUACUUGCGUCAUGUCGUGCGAGCUUGAUCUCGGGAUCCAAGAUGUCGUGGAGAGGUGCUGGGAAGAAUUACGGCUUAUGCGCUUAUACACGAAGAGGAAAGGCAUUGACCCGGACUUUAGCGAGGCGCUCAUCGUGCGAUCCGGGAGCACAAUUGAGGAUGUGUGUGAUCAGGUGCAUAGGACGUUGAAGGAGACGUUCAAAUAUGCGUUGGUGUGGGGGGCGAGUGCGAGACAUGUACCGCAGCGGGUUGGGUUGGGGCAUCUUGUGGCGGAUGAGGACGUCGUCAGUAUUGUUGCGAAGUAGGCGCGAGGAGACAGCUACGAGAUCUAGCGACAGUUUGAUGGCGUAUAGUAUGUCUCAUGCGUUACAAUGGUAAUAGCAAUAUUCCUCCAACGAGUAGAAAGAUCGCAUAAUUUCGACUUUCAAUCCAUGACAAUGAUUUCUCC